AUGGAUUCGCCGUCGAGUGUGCCGUCUGUGCCGGCGGCGUUGCCAGAGACAGAUGAGGCGCGGCUCCUGUUCUACGUAGAGGUCCUCAUGGCCAACGUGCCAUUGCUCAUUGCGGACCUCAGCUCUGCCAAAUACGCCUUCCUGAGCUUCUCGGAAAAGACACGCAGGGAGGUGAAGCAGAAGUCUACUUUGAUUCAGUCCAUUGGCCGUACCUUCACUUCACUGCAAAAUGCCAACAAGUCCUUGAUAGCGACCCAGCAAAGCCUGCGGGAGUACGAGAUGAAGCUGGUGCGGGCAGCGCCGCCAACCUUCGUGACGAGCGAGGAGGCGCUUCGCCUAUCCAACACCACAGCCAACGGCGACACUCCCACUGCUGAGCUAAAUGGUAGUGCUUCCCCUGCACCUGCCGAAACGGCAGCUGCUGAGUCACAGAGGUUCUUGACCGCAUUCCCCGACAAUGUACUGAUCCUGAGCGAGGAGGACAUUCGCCCAGUGCGGGAGGUGGAAGAGGUGUACGAGAAGGAGUCGACAGCGUACAGAGACGCUGCGAAGGUGUGCAACGCAAUGGAGGACGCGUUUGAACAGACGCAGGAUCGGUGCCGCACCAUGACGGAACACGUACAGGACCUCAAGUGGCGCUUUCAGGAGGUUUAUAGCGGCUGGAAAAGUGCAGAACAGGAGCGGGGUAUGGUGCGCAUCAUGCGAGAUGAGCUGGCGGGUCGGAGAGCGAUCAUGACAGAGGCCUUGCACGAGAUCAAGACCAUCAAGGACGAGUGCUACGCGAAGGAGUUUAGGAUCAUCGAGGACUCCAUUGCCCAGGCUCAGGCAGAGGAAGAGUCGAUCAAGGCCGAGUUGCAGGCGAAGCGCUGUCGCUACGAGCUCGAGUUGGCCACCUACCAAAUUGCAUACAAGGAGCAGCAGGCCGAGGUGGAAUCCCUGCGCGAGCAACUCAAACUGUUGCGUACCCACCAACGAGAUCUGGAGAUACUCGCCAAGAAGCAGCAGCUCGAGGAGAUGGACCGCAACUGUUUGCGGAAGCUGGUGAUGGAGACACUGACCCUAACCCCGUCCAAGUACGGCAAAGUCGACGACCGCAAGCUGACACCGGAGCAGGAGGCGCAGGUCAGAAGCGACCAUCCGUUGGUGUCGGUUCUGGCGGCCCGCAUCUCCGUGUUGGAGGAACAGCGCAAAACGAUUGGUAGACUUCUGACUAGUGCGCGGGGAAUGCGCAAGAGCGAUGCCGUCAGCGUCACGGUCGAGCAAAUCCGUACGCUGCUCGAGCCGGAAAUUCAGCUCGAUGAGGAGGCCCUGGCGUGCGAGUAA